GGGAGCGAAGGGGUAAGGAAGCAGGGUGAGAGGCAGAAGAGAAGAGAAGACGCAGGACUUGUGACUUGACAAAAAAGAGGGCAGAGGCAGGAGCAUGAAGGCCGUCUCGGGACUCUUCUCUGCCUUGGCGCUGCUCCUCCUAAUAGGAGCAGCGCUCACCCAGAGGCCUCGGCCAAAAAAGCCCACCAGGCGCCCAUCCACCCCCAGGCAGCCCUCCGUCCCUCAACCGGAACCACAGGAGCCUACGGACAUCCCCCCGGUCAUCCUCGGCCCGCCCUCCAUUUAUCCCGACUGCCCCCGAGAGUGUUUGUGCUCUCCAAACUACCCCAACUCUCUCAACUGUGAGAACCGCAACAUCCGUGCGGUCCCUGCCAUCCCGCCCAGAACCCACUACCUGUACCUGCAGAACAACUACAUCUCAGAGGUGACGGCGGAACCGUUCCUUAAUGCAACGGAGGUCCGUUGGAUCAACCUGGCAAACAAUCGCAUCCACCGAAUAGACAAACAGGUGUUCCAGAAGAUACCUGCACUCUUGUACUUGUAUGUUCAACGUAAUCAGCUCAAAGAGGUGCCCUCGGGCCUCCCAGUCAGUCUGGAACAGCUCCGUCUCAGCAGGAAUCGCAUUUCCAAAAUACCUUCAGGCGCCCUCAGUAAGAUGGGAAAUCUGACCCUGCUUGACCUCUACCAUAACCAGCUGAGUGACAGUGACCUGGGAAAGAACACCUUCAAGGAUUUAUCCAGCCUGAUGCAGCUCAAUCUGGCGCACAACAUCCUGAAAAAGAUGCCUGUUGGAGUACCCAAUGGUCUAAUACAGCUUUUUCUUGACAGAAACCGUAUAGAAGACAUCCCAAAAGACUACUUCCAAGGCUUCUUUCACUUGGCCUUUGUGAGACUCAACUACAACCAGCUGAGCGACAAAGGCGUCCCCAAGGCCGUGUUCAACAUCUCCACAUUGCUGGACCUCCAGCUCUCCCACAACCAGCUGACCUCCGUACCUCUCUUCAGCAGUCACCUGGAGCACUUGCACCUCAACCAUAACAGCAUUGGCAACAUCAACGGCACACUGAUCUGCCCACACAGCCUACAGGCGGAUUUGAGCGAUCCCAGCCUGAUGCCUCGAUUAAGGUACCUGCGUUUGGAUGGAAAUCACCUGAGCCCCCCCAUACCUCUGGAUGUCAUCAUGUGCUUCAGACACCUCCACUCUAUCGUUAUUUAGGAAAGAUCUGCCUUGAAGCCAUGAGCGACACGCUCACACGCCCAUGCACUUGCCACACAUGCUCAGUGACGCAACAGGCUGUCAAAGUUCCGAGGUUUCACUGAUUCCACAGUUUACACUUUACUCGUUAGAAAAAUAGAAAAUUAUAGUUUAUAUAUAUAUAUAUUUUUUUUUAAAGCAAAUGCAUGAAAAGCUUGAAAGUGCGCACACAUUGAUGGACACGCUACACAUAUGUAGUUAGUAUGGUCACGAGCAAACUGUUGAAAUGUUAACUACCAUGUAGUUGAUCUUGUCCAAAAUGUGCCUGCAAUUUUCACUCUAAUUCAAGUUAAAUGUCAUUGUAUUAUUUUCUUUUCCCAGCCUCCUGUACUGUAUAUUAAGAUGAUUAUUAAGAUGCUUUGUACAAAUAAUAAGGGAAUAAAACAUUG